UUCUUCUAAAAGUAGUGUGAGUAGUGUCACUGGCCAGCGCUGAAUAAUUCGAUUGUAAUUUUAAAAAGUUACAUAAAAAAGAAAACUGAUCGACAUUCGAGUAGCUAGUCAUUAUUCCUUUUUUAUAAAAAUGUGUGAUAUAAAAUUAAAAUCUUGGAUGUUAUUGUUGACAAUAUUCUUUGUAGGAUCAGCUUUAGCUAGCGAUGGUGAAACUAGAAUUUUGUCAAGAAAAAGACGGUAUGUGUCGUUUCCUGAAGGUUCAAGUUUCUCGGCUGCCGGUUGCAUGACAGUGGGCGUGAUCGGUCAGCCAGCCCCAUCUUCAGCUCCUGGUACCUUCACCUUCGGCCUGAACUGGGGCAUCGCCUACGAGCUGCCCAACACCACUGAGACAUUACAGUUCUAUCACAAGAAGUAUAGGUUAAAGAAACCUGUUGCUAUGAGGAGGAACAGAAGGGAUUUAUACCAGAAAGUAGAAGUUGUUUUAGACAGCAUGGGUUACAGCGGUAGAGAAUGCAUAUUGAAAACAUUAUGUGAAACCACCCAGCGACUCGUCCCUCACGGCGGUAACAUGAUUGAAGAAAUGUUCAGGACUUUAUUUACGUUACCAAUGAGCAAAGUGCUACCAGAAGAGCCGUUAGAACACACAAUUUACGAUGCUGCCCACCGACUAGGGGUCAUGAUGGAAAGCUGUGACAUGUUCCAAUGUCCACUGUCAUUGGUCGAUUGGGCCCAGGGAUACUAUAACGCACCAGCACCGAAGCUGGACACGGCAAGUCAUCCUUGGGCCUUGUUCAGUAGCAGUUUCAAUUCGAUAUGAUAUAUUUCUCUAAGAUCAAUCCGCUCAGUUCUUUUUAUUUUUCUUAUAUUAUUAUUCCUCAUUAUUUUGAAGAAUCACAAGAAUUUUACCAAAUGGUUGCCUGGAUUAAAUUGCUCACAGCGCAUAUGGCAGUUUUUUGCGCGUGUAAUUUAAUGUUCAUGAUUUUAUCUGUUCUAU